AUGAGACUUUGUGAAGCAGGAUUUGAAACAAAUCCUUUAGCAGAAGCAUCAGAUGGUAUAUCUGCAUUUAUCCAUGCUGUGAAAACAACUAAUGUAAAAAUGUGUAGAACUCUUUAUGACUCGGCUGUCAAUUCUCAUUGGUUGUCCGGAAACUGCGUGAGGAAUCCAGAUAACUGCAUUGUUGAAAGUCUACAGUUAUUUAAAGCGCAGAUCCAAAAAGAUUGCAAAACAACAGAAAAUUUCGGAGGCUCUAAUCAACUGAUAAAAAGGAGUAAACUAGAUAGAAGUGAUUCAGAAUAUGUUUCUAAAUGUUUGGAUACAUGUUGCUACCCUUGGGAAGCAUUGGAAAUAAAAUUGCAAAUUUUCUUUAAAAAAAAUGAACUAAAGCAAAUGGUGUGCCGAAUAUUGCUCCUUAAGGUAUGUUCUCCUGAUUGUGUUCUGAAUCAAACUUUAAAAGAUAAAAUUUUUAAAGUAAUGAAUCAGAAGAUGAACUUUCUCUUUGAAAGAAUCCGUUUUAUAAAGCAAAUUCUAAUUGAUCAAGAUGAAGAAAUCAGUCAUUAUUUUCAGUGGGGAAGGAGUUUGGGUCUAAAGCAUCACACAAAGUUUCUAAUGGCUCAAAGAUUCAGAAAAGACAUGGCAUUUAGGGCUUCACUGGAGAUGCUUUUGCUCGAUUGUUCAAAUGUUUUCGAAAGAAAAGACCUCAAGGAUCUGUGGAAAAAAGCAGAAUAUUUUCUUUCUGGAAUAAACAUUGGAGAUGUGCUUGCGCAUGGAAAUGCAAUAUUGGACACUAUUGGUGGUAUGUUAGAUCCUAAAGACCUGCCAACUGAGUUAGUGGGGAAAAUGUUAGAGCUUGUUAAUGACAAAGAACACAUUAAUAAAAUGGUCGAGUUAUCUGAAGUAUGGUAUGAAAGCAAAGAUGCUUUUAGAGAUGCUCUCAGAGAAAAGGACUUGUGCAGGGACUGCACUAGGGUAGAAAGUUAUCUCGAGUUGAUGCCUUAUCAUUGA